AUGGCGCUUAAAGCCACAUCUGCUCACGAAACCCGGUUCAGCAUUGCGCUUCCGAGACAGGCAGCGGCGAGAGCGGUUCCCACCAGAGAACUUGAAAAUGAAGCCGACAAUGACUUCAAGAACAAACCUGAGCGGUUCGCCGUCAUGUUGCAUCACUUCCUUGCCAGACGUGGGAAGCCUCAGAUCCCGUCACCGCAUGCGUGGACCAAGUACAGAAACCUCACAGGCGGCCCCAAUCUCAGGAGAAGCAAUGAGCUCUACUGCCGCCGGCCCAACCUCGGACUUGAGCCAUCACUCUUGGAGCUGAGAGUGAAGUAA